CCCUAAUAUUCGACCACACCCCAGUAAUCCAGCAGGUAUGAAAUGUCAUCCUGUUGAAAACCUGGUUUUCACGAAAGUGGCUAAAUGUGGAGGAUCGACAAUAGCGAAUAUAUUUUUACGCUACGGUGAGACUCAUAACUUUACCUUUCUCCUACCUAAGCCUGGAAGUGCUCUUAUCACGAAAGAAGAUUUAUAUGAACAUAUGGAUGAGGAAAUAAAUAUGAUAGUACACCAUGCUAACUUUGAUGAGAGACUGAUGAAAAGGAUCAUGCCAGAAGACACGGUUUACAUAGGAGUGAUGCGUGAACCACUACAUCACCUGAAGUCAUAUUAUAAUUAUCACAAUUAUGGAAACAUCAAAACAAAGCCCAGUUUGGCCGAGUUUGAGGAAAAUCCAUGGAAAUACAGAAAAGAAAUGGGAAAUCUUGUAAACCAACAAAGUGGCUGGUAUGGUUGGGAAACCAAAAUAACAAUGGAUGACAAAAUGGCUUGGAAAUUUGUAGAAAAGAUUUACAAAAAGUUUGAUUUUAUUCUAAUAACUGACCAUAUGAAGGAAUCUCUGAUACUACUAAAGGAUAUACUCUGUUGGACAUUGGAUGAUAUGUUAUUUGUAUCUCACAAAGUAGCGACAGAAUCUGCGGCUUUGAAAGGUAUGAUAACCACGGAACUCGACAAAAGCAGCUUGGACCACACCCCUAAUAAGGCACUAGCUGAAAGGAACCUACGCCAGUUCAGCAAAGUCGAUUACGACAUGUUUGACUUUUUCAAUUAUACUCUUUGGGAGAAGAUCAGAUCCAAGGGAGACGCAUUUCAACAAACGUUGAAAGAAUUUGAUGAGAGAUUGCUUGAUCUUCAAAGGACAUGUAAGCAAACCAAAGAAAGCUUGACUUUUACAUUAAAAUAUUGUAAAAUGAUAAUUCAUGAGAGUUCUUCAUCACCUGACUAUAGAUGUCAUCGCAUGUUACUUGCACCAAACUGGUACAGCCAGUACAUCCUCCAUCCGAAACAGAACAAAACAAACAACCACUAACUAUCAACUGUCAUGUAAGAAUAUAUCGAGGAUAUUAUGUUAAAAAAUACAAGCCAAUAGCGACUUAAACAAACGAUAAACAUCUACGGCCCUGUCACUUGUGUUGCCAUAGUCGGUAUGCAUGGCUUGUGGGGAAACAAGAAAAUCCACGAAAUGAAAGAAAGUAAAAAGGCAGAUGCGAGUCAAAUAAAGGUCAAACAAGUAAUUUGUGUCAUCAGCAAUGUCACUAUGGAGACAUAAAAUCUAGCGUGCAUGUUCAUUUAUUCCAUUUUAUCGCCAGUAUUUUGAUGGUGGCCAUCUUUAUCUUACCGCCAGUUAUGUCUUCUACAUUGUUUGCUUCAAGCGCUUCAAACUGCCCAACUGUUUCUCCAAGCUUGCCCAAUGCCGAACCAGCUGUGCCCUGAAUAAAAAAAUGCG